GCCGUUGGGUUUGAAGUGGCCAAUGGGGGCUUGGGGCGCCAGGUUUAAGCGCCGCGAGGGGGCGGAGCUUGGAGCGCGGAGGCUGACGGAGGGAACGAGAGUGAGGUGUCCCGGUCCUCCCGGCAGUGACCUGCCCCGCCCCGCGCCCGGUCUCCGCGACACCUCUCUCCCCCUGCCAUGGCGCAGUUUGUAUUUGAGAGCGACUUGCACGGUCUGCUGAAGCUGGACACCCCGAUCCCCAAUGCCCCCCUGGCGCGAUGGCAACGCAAGGCCAAGGAGAGCAGUGCCUCUGUUGCUGGCCCCGGGCCCAGCCCUGCCAACACCAGCAGCACUGGCCUCUCCCCCAUGAAACCAGCCAACCGGCCCCACAGCACCAGCAAAACCCCCUCCAAGACCCCUGGUAAAUCAGGAUCCAAAAUCCAGAGCACACCAACUAAAGCAGGCGGGGAUCGCUAUAUUCCCAACCGCAGUGCCAUGCAGAUGGAGGUCGCUAGCUUCCUCUUGACCAAAGAGAAUGAUUCUUCUGAGGAUACACCUACCAAGAAGGAGCAACAGAAGGCUUGGGCACUGAAUCUGAAUGGGUUUGAUGUGGAAGAAGCAAAGAUCCUCCGGCUUAGUGGAAAGCCUCAAAAUGCCCCAGAAGGUUACCAGAAUAACCUGAAAGUGCUCUACAGCCAGAAAACAACACCUGGGUCCAGCAGGAAGAAUGGCAGAUACAUUCCCUCCAUGCCAGACCGGAUCCUGGAUGCGCCAGAGAUCCGUAACGACUACUAUCUGAACCUCAUUGACUGGAGUUCCCAGAACUUCCUGGCUGUGGCUCUGGAUAACUCUGUGUAUCUGUGGAAUUACUCCUCUGGUGAGAUCAUCCAGCUGCUGCAGAUGGAGCAGCCAGAUGACUACAUCUCAUCAGUGUCCUGGAUCAAAGAAGGAAACUACCUUGCUGUUGGCACCAGCAAUGCUGAGGUCCAGCUGUGGGACAUACAGCAACAGAAACGACUCCGAAAUAUGACCAGCCAUUCUUCCCGUGUAGGGUCACUGAGCUGGAACAGCUACAUUCUCUCUAGUGGGGCGAGGACCGGUCAUAUCCAUCACCAUGAUGUCCGGGUUGCUGAGCACCACGUGGCCACGCUUGCUGGCCACACACAGGAGGUGUGCGGGCUCAAGUGGUCACCCGAUGGCCGCUACCUGGCCAGUGGAGGCAAUGACAACCUGGUGAAUGUCUGGCCAUGUGCCCAAGGGGACAGUGGUGACUUUGCUCCUGUGCAGACCUUCACUCAACACCAGGGUGCUGUCAAGGCUGUGGCCUGGUGCCCGUGGCAGUCAAAUGUCCUGGCCACAGGUGGUGGGACAAGUGACAGACACAUCAGGAUCUGGAAUGUGUGUUCAGGCACCUGCCUCAACGCGGUAGAUGCCCACUCCCAGGUGUGCUCCAUCCUGUGGUCGACAAACUACAAGGAGUUCAUUUCUGGUCAUGGCUUUGCGCAUAAUCAGCUGGUGGUGUGGAAAUACCCUACCAUGGCCAAGGUCACAGAGUUGAAAGGUCACACAGCCAGAGUCCUGAACCUGACCAUGAGCCCAGAUGGCUCAAUAGUGGCAUCUGCAGCUGCUGAUGAAACACUGCGGCUUUGGCGCUGCUUUGAGAUGGAUCCGGUAAAGAAGAAGGAGAAGGCAGGCAGUGCCAAGAGCAGCAUCAUUCACCAGGGCAUCCGGUGAGCAUGCGAGAUGCCACUGGCAAGAGAGAGGUCUACACUUUGUACAGUAUUUUAAAUGUCAAUAAAUACCUUAGUCUGCUUUUAUGGAGUCUGAUGGAAUAAGUGACCCUGGCUUGUCUCGGGAUCAGACCUCUUGGGAGCUAAACACAAUCACCUGCCACUGCUGGACCCUGACAGCCAGUGAUGUAGAGCCAGCCAGCCAUGGGAAUAGGAGAAGCGGUUGGCCAAGGAGCUAGGCUACCUGGAGCCCUUCCAGCCUGGGAAGAACCCUCCUAACAAAUCCCUUCUGUGCUAGCUGGGCUGCAGUGGAGUUAAUGUGAGCACUGAGCU